UACGUUGCUUGGUGACGAAGAAGCCUGGCUUGACAAUUUCCUGUAGCAUCGCUGACCAAAAAAAAAUUAAUCAAAGUUUGACCUAUAGACAGUAAAACUCGCUCGUGCAUCAAGGGAAACUUAACAUCAACUUAUUCGAUCGAUUCGCUAUGUAAACACUCCGAUUAGAGGAUUAUGGAGAGCUAUGUUUUUAUCCGAGUGGUGGGGAAGGGGAGUUACGGGGAGGUGAAUCUGGUGCAACACAAAUCUGACCGCAAACAGUACGUCAUCAAGAAGCUGAACCUAAGAACAUCGUCGAAGCGAGAGCGCCGGGCGGCUGAACAAGAAGCGCAGCUUCUCUCACAGCUCAAACAUCCAAACAUCGUCACUUACCGGGAAUCAUGGGAAGGAGAAGACUAUCAGCUUUACAUAGUUAUGGGUUUCUGUGAGGGGGGAGACUUGUAUCAUAGGCUCAAGCAGCAGAAGGGGGAGCUGCUGCCUGAGAAACAGGUGGUGGAGUGGUUCGUCCAGAUCGCCAUGGCAUUGCAGUAUUUACACGAGAAACACAUCCUGCACAGAGAUUUGAAAACGCAGAACAUCUUCCUGACCAAGACCAACAUUAUCAAAGUGGGUGAUCUGGGCAUCGCUCGGGUUCUGGAGAAUCAGAACGACAUGGCCAGCACCCUGAUCGGAACGCCGUACUACAUGAGCCCUGAGCUUUUCUCCAACAAGCCGUACAACUACAAGUCGGAUGUUUGGGCUCUGGGCUGCUGCGUGUAUGAGAUGGCGACCCUGAAGCACGCCUUCAAUGCAAAAGACAUGAACUCGCUGGUGUAUCGCAUCGUAGAAGGAAAGUUGCCUCAGAUGCCAAGUAAAUACGAUCCUCAGCUAGGAGAGCUGAUCAAGCGAAUGCUGUGUAAGAGGCCAGACGACAGACCUGAUGUCAAGCACAUUCUACGGCAGCCCUACAUCAAGCAGCAGAUCGCUGUCUUUUUAGAAGCAACCAAAGAGAAAACUUCCAGAUCCCGAAAGAAGACGAACAACAGGCCUAGCAGAGAUACACCCGCGGUGCCUGUUCUUCAAAAACAAGAGUCACAGUGUGUUAACUCUGAGCUGAAAUGCGGAGGAAAAAAGUCCGAGGAACACCACUCCUCUCAAUCUAAACAUCACAAUGGCAUAAAGGACAAUAUUCUCCCAACCCCACCCCUCUCCCCAAAAUCCCCGAGCCAGGGGGCUCUGAACUCGACGGGUCAGAAUAUAGCGACCAUCAGCAACAUUGACAUCGACAUUCAACCUCAGGAACAGAGAGACAAGCUCCAAAAAGUGAAACCUCCUCGACCUGCAAUUUCCACAGCCAAACGGACAGAGAGAGAGGAGAAGAAGAAAGAGGACACUGCUGUUCCUCAGCCACACCUCAGAAAACAAGUAGCGGGUGUCCUUAUUGGAAAGGAUGAACGGUCCAUAGUUUUGAGUGGAGCGGUACCACCAAAACACACGGAAAGAAGCGAACCUGUAAAAGGCGGUCGAGGUCCGAAUGUUAACAUGGAGGAGGACACCAUGAAGCUGCUGCAGCAGGCAGCGAUGGAGGACAUAAAAACUGACAAGCGGGACACUACAGAGGUCAGAGACAAGCAAAAAACAGAGACGGAGCAUCAGUCAGGAGACCGAGUGACUAGUUUGGAAUCCACUGAUAAGCUGCUUGAGCCCUUUAUUCCAGUGGAGGUGCUGGAACCUCACAACCCAGAGCCUUCUGCAGCUCCUUCAGAAAACACCAAGCCUCCUCUUCAUCCUCCUUCCUCUUCCUCUGAGCCAUCCAUGUCUCGUCAGCGCAGACAGAAAAAGAGAGAAGUGGCCCACAAUGAGAGCAAAAUUAAAGCAGCCAAUUCCAGGCCUCUGCCUCCCCUCCUGGAAAAUUCCCCAUCUGUAGGCAUAAAAAGGAUAGAAGGAAGUGAGGUUGAGAUGGUUAAACACGCUGCACACUCCCAAAACGAGCCUGCACCACAGAACCGGCUUCUAUCAGCCCGAGAGAGGAGGCGGCUGAGGCAGUCACGAGAAAACCAGAGUGAACCAGCAGCUCCAGCUGUCAGAAGGGCAUCCUGCGACGUUGCCUCAUUAAAAGUCAAGCACACGGACCAGCCUGACUGCCCAAGACCUGCCAGCGUAGCUGCUGUAACACAAAAGGAGAGAAAGUCAUCAUGGCGUCAGUCGGAUGAGGAGGAGUGCAGCUCAUCGACCAGCUCCACCGAGCGCUCCGAGGGAGACUACAGAGAGGGCAAAAGCGAAACCAACGAGAUGCAGGACCUGGUCCAGAUGAUGACGCAGACGUUACGAAUGGACGGCACAAGUGAGCAGGAAAGCUCGCGGUGCAAAUCUACCAUGCUGCCUGAGUUCAAACUGAACAGGAAGUACCGAGACACGCUGAUGCUUCAUGGGAAAAGCAGAGAGGAAGAGCGCGACCUUCAUCUCAGUGACUUCCGCUCAGAUGACUCUUCCGGGCCGGCUAAGAUCAGGAGAGCCGUGGAGCACUUGCGCACAGACGUGGUUAAAGGACUCGGAGUGAAACUGCUGGACAAAGUCCUGGACAUCAUGCAGGAGGAGGACGAGGACAAGCGAGAGGUUUUGCUCCAGCAGCAGAUGGGGGAAGAGAAGUACAAAACGUACGGCGUCAUGGUGCGCCAACUAAAAUUCUUCGAGGACGUUGCGUUCAAAUGCUGAUAAAUCCGCAGACGAGCGAACACCGAUCAUGUCUCUGCUGAUGAUGUAAAUAUGACCCGAUGCAAUGUACUGUAUCCUCUGUAUUUAUGCAACUGACCAGCAUUUCAUUUCUGUUGUACGAUUGUACACUUCAAAUCAGUUCUCUAUUUGAUUGUUGAAAUUUUCUGCACAACAUAUUAUGUUUCUAAAAGUAGGAUGAUUUAUAAUAAACACUU